AUGGAUUAUCGUUUACUGUUGAAAAUACUCAGUUUCCUGCUCUUGGCCUUGGUUAGCUCAGCUCAAGCGCAGCCACCCCAGACGCCAACGGAUUAUGGCGAGAGUGAGCCGCCCGAGGGCUAUUAUGCUUUCGUAGAGUCACCAAAUGCUGUGCCUCCAAAGGUGCGUCCACCCCCCUACACCUUCGUGAAUGUGGACUGCAAGAAUGUGGCGCCGGGGAAGAAAUCAGCCGUAUCGGUGCAUAAUAUCUGUGGGGACCUCAACAAGGGACAAAUCCCAAAGAACCCCUUGGGCCAAAGUGUGCUGGGCGAGCCAUAUCCAUUCGAGCUGAUACGCAAUCAAACGCUCAAGUUUCUGUCGAAGACGCUGCCUGUUCUCAAGGCCGAUGACACGCUGCCGAAGGUAACGCAAAUCAUACGUGACGAGCCCGUCGAGCAGCUGGACAACAACAAUAUUGAUCGGCACUAUGCGACGCGGGCCAGGCGUGAUGUUCCCGAUGCCGCACACUCCAAUGAUUACAGUUACUUUGAUCCGGCGCUGGACGAGGAGGAGCGUGGCAAGCGACGCGUCGUCGAGGAACGAAAGCCACGCAAAUUCUGCGACGGUGGCGGAGUCUUCUGCACCCUCUACCGAGCCAUUCAGGGGGACACGGGUAGUGUCGCGUCUGGUGCACCAGCAGCCGAGCGGCGAGAAGAAAUUGGUCCGAUACGCUAUGAAGGACCCCCAACACCCUGCCCUGCGAAGGUGGAGUAUGCCACGCCCGUGUUUGCCAAGAACUAUCAGGGUGCCUGGCGCUAUGUGGUGCAGAUACCCUACGAGGGCUACUUUACACAGACCGUCGAGGUGACACGUUGCAUACAGGCGCGCUGUCAUUACCUGGACGGCGGCUGUUUGUCCUCGCCCCGCUGGGUAUCCCUGCUGGUCGCCGAGAUUUUCUAUCCCAAUGCCGAGGACACGGUGCCCAGCACGACGAGCACACCGGCACCAUCGGUGCAAGAUUUCCAGGCCUAUCAACAGUAUCUGCAGAAGCGUGCUGGUGUGGCCACCGCCUCCGAUGGCACCUCAGUGAAUGGUGGGCCCAACGGCGCCUCCGGCAACGCCGAUGCCCAUUGCGAUGGUCACGACGAGCUCGGUUGCUUCCAAGUGCGUCUGUACUACGAUUGGUUCUUGAUUCCCGGCUCCUGCAAGUGCUGGCGUCCUGACUAUUUUGCCAAAUACGUGCGCCGAAAGUCUGUGGCCGAUUUGUAA